AUGGCGAAGACAAUCGCAAAGAACGACAGACUAGGCGACUUAUUUCCUUUUCCCUCGUCUUCUCCUUUGGCACUGUCUCCCCAGCGCCUGGCCGGAGUAUCUCAUGAGUCUGGCAGCACACUAUGCCAGCUGCUGAAGGAUAACCACACGCGCUGGCACAUAUUCUUCAACGAGAAAGGUUUUCACGACCAUGCUGCCCACUUCCUCCUAGCGAUUUACCAACUGGGGGCAAACUCGGCGCUCCUUGAAGCUGCCUACCAAGUUCAGUGCAAGUCUCAGCGACCCGCGUACAAGUCGCCGGCAGCUAUCACGCACGAUAACCUCUAUGAACACCUGGGGGAUGAGGACUACUAUAACGCCUAUAUGGAGUUCUUCGCUACAGCCGUUCUGGAAAAGGGCACCAGUGCUGUUCUCGAGCAAUACCUCUUCUCGCCCGAGGCCAACAAGCCCCCUAAGCGGAUGCUCAAUCGCUUCCUAUCGGGUGUUCUUCAUCCAGCGAUUCACGUUGGAUACGGAUGUGAGUUUGGACUCCCUGGCAUGGUGGCGGAGGGCCUAGGACAGCUUUGCGUUCAACGUGACCACAUGCCCGACAUGUUCCCACCGUCGUUGUUCACCUCCUCGGGAAGAGCCAUCGCUACAUCAGUAUCAACCAUCACCGCCGCGUUGUCGUCGGUCGGCCUGAACAGCGCGACAAACACCUCCGUAGCAGACAACGAGUCGCAUGCAUUGGUGAUCCUUGCGAAGAUCGCAAAUGACCCUGCGUAUGCUCCGUCUGCGGUCGGGAUACCCGUGGAGGAUGCCGCAGACGGGAGCAUGUUAACCAGCGUCCUGGAGGCGCGGGGGCAGCAGAUCUUUGAGCUGGCCUCAGGAUGGACUGUCAACGGCGGAGACAAGGAGGCGGUCCACCGCAAGAUCGAAGAGCUCAAUUGGAUGAAUGUCGUUCUGUACGGCGUUGGCGGCUGGGCGGGAAGGCAUUCCGCGCCAGGGAAGAAGUUCAACGGGGACUUCCUCUUCCUCCAUCUCGUCACCUCCGUCCUCUUCCUACACUCCUACGUCCCGUACCUCUCCCCGACCUCCAUCUCGAUCCUCCUCCGCGCAUACUUCAGCACCUCCCUCGCCAUGUACAUAGCGCGCGGUCGCCCCGCCCUGCCCAUCCGCGACUUCUACGCCGCCACCACCGCUCACCCGCACGCACCAGCACCGGAGCCUGUCCCCCACAAGGACGCACUCACCUCUGACCCGACGACGAACUCGUGGUUCCAAAUCCUGCAGAGCACGCUGAUGCACAACGACGACCACAUCGCGAAGCUCCAACGCACACUCGCACACUUCGCCAGCAUGUACGGAAUGACGCCGCCCGGGCGCUUCAAGGAUGUGAAGGGCUUGGACGGCGCGGAGGUCUUGGACGGGAGCUUGUUCCUGCGGGUGGCGGCGCUGAGCCAGGACAGGAUUGGUUGGAUGAGGGAGGGCGAGGAGAACAAGGGCUGGGAUUUCCAUGGGUUCUUCGAAUGA